AUGAACGAACAAGACACAAGACCUCCAGAAACGUCACAAGAAAAAGAGACAGGGCCUUCUGCAGUUGGUAGUGCCAAUGAAGAUACGGAAAAACAAGUCCCUGCUGCCCAAGACAAUGGUGACAGGCCGUAUUCCAUUUUCACACCAUGGCAGAAACGAGCCAUUGUUCUUGGUGCGGCUGGAACAGCAUUCUUCUCUCCUCUCACUGCACAAAUAUAUCUGCCGGCACUGACACAGCUUUCAAAUGAUCUGAAUGUGACCAACACGCAGAUCAAUUUGACCAUUACAACCUACAUGAUCUUUCAAGGCAUAACUCCAAUGUUUAUUGGGUCGUUGGCUGAUAGUGGUGGUCGACGGCCAGCGUACAUUGUGUGCUUCGUUAUUUACGUUGCCGCCAACAUUGGCCUGGCUCUGGCGCCGGGAUAUAGUGCAUUGCUAGGACUGAGAUGCCUUCAGUCAGCCGGCUCGAGUAGCACCGUGGCCCUCUGUACAGCAGUAGUUGCCGAUGUAGUUACGAGCGCCGAAAGAGGACAAUAUGUUGGGUUCACAGUCAUCCCGGCAGUCCUCGCUCCGUCACUGGGUCCGGUAAUUGGCGGCCUACUUUCUCAGUACCUUGGAUGGAGAGCAAUAUUCUGGUUCUUGGCCAUCUUUUCUGGUGUGGCAAUGAUUCUCAUAUUCCUCUUCUUCCCAGAGACCUGCCGUGGGAUCGUGGACGACGGCUCCCUUACUCCGCCUCCAUUGUACCGGUCCGUCUGGCAAUCGAUCCAGCUUCGACGGAGAAGAAAGGCACGGCGUCAAAACUCAUUAUCUAGGGUGACCACAAAUGCAAGCAGCGCGAGCAAGGCCGAGAAUAAGUUCAAAUUUAAACCGCCAAACCUCCUGGGCUCGUUGUUUUUACUAUUCGAAAAGGAAACUGGCUUGCUGCUUUGGACAAGUAGUCUUGUGUUUGCUGGUUUCUAUUGCAUUGCGACAGCAAUGCCUAGUUUGUUUUCCAAGCGUUACGGAUACAACGAGAUACAAGUUGGGCUGAUGUAUCUUCCUCUGGCGGUUGGCUCAAUUGGCGCGGCAACUAUAGUUGGCCCGUCUAUAAACAGGAAUUACAAGCGCCACUGUAUAAGGUCCGGCAUCCCAUAUGAUCGAAGCCGACAGCCCGACUUGUCCCAGUUUCCUAUCGAGAAAGCCCGUCUGGAAAUUGGCCUGCCUUUGCUGUGCCUGGGAGGAGCGUGCUUGAUAGGAUGGGGAUGGGCAAUGCACGCCGUCACUCACGUCGCUGUACCAUGCGUUAUCAGCUUCUUUCUGGGAAUUGGCAUGAUUGGAUACAAUAACACGACAAAUAUCCUUCUCGUCGACGUCCACCCUGGCCGAGCUGGCACUGCGACGGCUGCUAAUAACCUUACACGAUGCUUGGUUGGCGCAGGAGCCAGCGCUGCAAUUGUCCCCAUGAUUGAUACCAUGGGUGUCGGACCUGCUUUCACUCUUGUUGGUGGACUCUAUUUCGUCUGCAUUAUUCCACUAUUGCUGAUUCUCAAGUUUGGCAAGAAAUGGAGAGCGGAGGCAAAGGCAAAGGCGGAGGCGAAGAAGGUGAAGAAGCAGCAGAAACAUGAAGAAGAUUCGGCAACUGAAGACCUGCAACAAGAUAGAGAGGUUGAAAGGUGUGAUAAAGAGACGCACACUUAA